ACUCCUUUCUUUGCUGAUCAAAUGAUCCAUUUUUUUUAUAAACUGUAGUUAGGUUCUUAUGGUCGGUUAUUUUAACGGAGCCUUCUCUCAGGGUCCCAUUCUCCUUAGUUUCUCUAGGAGCCAUGUUCACAGUUGAUAUUUCAGAGUUAUAUAUAUGUAUGUAAUGGUUUUUUUUUUUUGUUACUUUAUUCUCAAACUUCAGUGCAUAAAAAACGGAAUCAGAGCAUAUCAAUAUCUUGAAAAACACGAUCUUCAAGCUAUUUGACGAAGCGGAUAGCUGCUAUAAACGGAACACAUGACUGAAGACAUCGAGAUAAACAAGAAUGUCCUUAGCCUUGGGGAUUCGCCUUUUGGGGCAUCCCUGUUGGUGGUAACUGCAUCACAUUUGAGUCCUCUACAUCCCAGAUCGGAUCAACAUAAGAAUCAGCAUAAAAGGAUUAAACCAAACUUAGCUCAUCCUAAAGAAGAAAUAUUGUCUAGCUCUAAUGAAGAGGAAAUUAACCGUUUCAUUGAAUGUACUCUUCAUGAAAAGCCGCUUGGUAGAAGUUAUCAAUCAUGUUAUCAAAAUAUUCGAUGCCUUGCUUCUAGAGGCCGAACACAACAGACAAUGAUACUGGAUAAACUUUACAAUAGUGUUGAAUCGUAUUUCAAGGAAGUUGAACUUCUGAAAUGGGUUGAAGUACUUCAAAAUGAUGAGCUAAUUGAAAUAGUUCAAAAUCUAGUUUUACUAUUCAGCAAUUGGGAUCGCAAAUUGAAAACUCUAUUUAAAGUAUUCAGCUUCGUGGCUUCUUUCAUAAGCCAAAAGAAAGGUGGUAAUAUAAAGGUUUUCGGCUUCGAUCUUAUAUUGAAAAAUUUUUACGAUUGUAACGAAGGAAGCGAAGAGGAAAGGGCGAGAGAGGAGAAAAUCAUCCGUGCAACUUAUGGUAUUCUUCGGCUAUAUAGGCAAUAUGCUUGCAUGAGAGGUGAUUCUCCAAUUGGAGAUCUUGUGGAGAAGUAUUUGAUGUUCGUCAAGCAAUUGGGUACUAAUGGUAAACUCGUAAGUAAGUUAAUUCAUAAGUUUCGUGAAGAGGACUAUCAAAGAAUUUUAAGUACAUGGGAGGGAAACUAUAUAAAGCAUUGUCUUAUUAUUUUUUCGAGGGAAACCGACUUACUACACAAGUCUGGGUUAGAUCUUAAUGGAAUCACCAAAGACAUCUACCAAUUGAAAUUCAAUUUAAUAUUCGAAGAUUUUUCGGUAUCAUUAGAUAAAGGAUUGCCUGAGCUUAUUGAUAAUGGUUCAUACGAAGAAGUGACACAUUUAUCUAAAAUGUGUGAAGAAGCUGAUGAAAGAUCCUCUUUAAACACACAAAAAACAUUUGCAUUUUCGUGGAGUAAGAUUAUUGGAGUAAGAUUACAAUCAAUGAUAGAUGAGUACAAAGGAUAUGGGGUGACACAAGCAAAUCCUUUGGCUUUAAUAAACAACCUCACAAAAUACAUGGAAGACCAGCAGGAAAGUUUGAAACAGUUUCUCCCGGUGAAGCAGUCUCCAAGCUAUACCCUUCAAAAAGUUGUGGAAAAGAGAGAUUAUUAUGAAGAGUUCAUUUUUGAAUUCAGAACAGUUGUAAACAAAUUUUUCAUUGAUAAAAAUAACAAUACUUUCAUAAUGCAACAAUUAUGUAAAUUUUGUGAUUUACAUUUGAGAUCGAGUAAUUUAUCAAAAUCAAGUGAAUUCAUUAAAAGUUUUGCAACAAUUUUCAAAAGUCUUGGUAAUAAAACGGAUUUUCUCACCUUAUAUAAAAGAGAUUUAUCAAAAAGAUUAUUACUCAAUAGAUAUCGUGACUUGGAAUUGGAAAAAGCUAUGAUAAAUGAAUGUGCUAGACACGUUGGUGAUGAUGAUAGUAUAGUUGAAUUGAAAGGAAUGUUUGAUGAUCUCGAGAGCUCGACAGCAAACUAUAGUCAUGUUGAAUCGAUCGAUGAUCAACUUGGUAUUGAGUUCAAUGCAUUAGUUUUGAAUAAGAAGAAUUGGCCGGACGUACCCAAAAAUGAUUUCGAACUUAAUAUCCCUAAUAAACUUCAUAAUGUGUUAAAUGAGUUUGACAGCUAUUUCAAAAACCAAGGAGAAAAAGCAAAGGGUAAGAUACUUGAUUGGACUAGUUAUAAUUUGCAUCAAUUGGUUUUGAGGGCAUCUUUUAAUCGAGGAGAUAAGGACUUAGUAAUCAAUUUACUUCAGGCAGUCGUUUUAUUACUAUUUGAAACCGACGAUCGCAUUGAGUUUAAUAAAAUUGCAUCUACCACUAAUAUAGAAGAAAGAUUUUUGAAAAAUGUUUUAUCAAGCUUCUGUACAGAAAAGUAUAAGAUAUUGAUUCAUGAUCCAACGACUAAUACUUACACUUAUAAUAGAUUUUUCACUGACAAAUCCGAUCGAAUCAAAUUACCUCUAUCUAGGGAUAAAAAUGCCGCUAAGAAGAAUUCUAACGAAAGCAUAAUGAGCUUAGACGCUGAAAAGCUCUCCAAAAAUCGAGAAUCCGAAUUCCGAUGUACUAUAAUUAAAGUGAUGAAAGCAGAAGAGAAAAUCAUGUACUCCGAUCUUUUAGCCAAAACAAUAUCAAUUGUUGAGAAAAGAUCACCAGUGACAAUUCAAGAUAUCAAGAAGCAUAUCGAAGUUUUGAUCAAUCAAGAAUAUAUCGAAAGACAACCCGAUGGCCAAACUUUAGUCUAUAUUCCUUGAAACUCAAUCUCUACAUCUUUAUUAUAAGUAAACGUUUAUUAUUCUUAGUUAUGCGAAUGAAUAGACCGGAAAUGAAAUGAAUUGAUGGAUAAAUAGAAGUGUUUUAAAUAUACAAUUUGAUUAGAUUGGAAUAUCUUCUGGAUCUGGAUUGUAAACCCAGUGUUCACCAAAAACUGGAAUCUUAGAGUAGAAGGUGUUUUGGAAUAAUGGAAUACCUUCAGUGAAGGUAGCAAUACCACCAGCAACGGCACCUCCCCAUAAGGCCAAGUUUGGAACGUAAGAUUUAAGAAGAGGAAUGUUUAAACCAGCAACUGAUUUAACAGUUUUGUAAGCAGGACCUUUAACAUACUGAAACCAUUUUGAAUGUGUAACUACUUAGUCUUAUCUU